AUGAAUCAACCGAUGGGAUGGACAUAUGAAGAAAACAAGUUGUUCGAGGUUGCUUUAGCCGAAAUCGAGCCUGGUUCUCCAGCUUUCUUCGAGAAUGUCGCAUCAAAAAUUCCUUGGAAGAGUAUUGAAGAUAUCAAGAAGCAUUAUGAAGCAUUGAUUGAAGAUCUGAAAAUGAUCGAAACUGGAGAGAUUCCAAUUCCCGACUACAAACAAGCUGAUCAACAACAAGACGAGGGCAACAAGGACGAAAGAGAUUCUCCAUCAAAUGAACCUAAAUCAAGAAACGGCCAACAAAGGCGAAGGGGUGUUCCAUGGACUGAAGAAGAACAUCAGUUGUUCCUUAUGGGACUGAACAAAUAUGGGAAAGGAGACUGGAGGAGUAUUUCAAGGUAUUAUGUGAUCACAAAAACCCCGACUCAAGUUGCAAGCCAUGCGCAAAAGUAUUUCAGGCGUCAAACGAGCUCCACCCCAGCUGACAGGCGGCGCCCAAGCAUUCACGACAUUCACACUGUCAAUGCCUCAAUGUCUCAAACCAAACUCGACUCUCUUCCCGAAAUCCCUUUUAUCCAUAACAAUACCACCUUCAAUUCAACUGCUAUCGUUGAUGAUGAUCAAAACCGAAACCCUAUGUUUUUUCCACCUCACCAUAAUCCAUUCUUUGACAAUCAACCUUCUGCUGCUUUUACCGACUUUCUUCCAUCUUUGGGCAACCAUCAAUGGGGUUAA